AUGCCGCAGGCUGUAACUUUGGAUGUGCCUGCCGAGCUGAUCAAGGACCCUCGGUCAUGGACAGUCGAGGACAUCAGCGUUUGGUUGCAAUGGCUGGGCAUAGGGGAGCACGUGGAGUCCUUUGCAUCACGGGGAGUGGAUGGGGAGAUGCUGCUCCUCAGUGCGGAGUCAAACUGGGCUGAACUUGGUGUACUGGAUCUUGCCCAGCAAAGAGUCCUGGACUCGGCCGUGGAGCCGUUGAGGUGCUUCCACCAUGGCGCUGUGGAGACCAGCAUGGCGCUACACGCCAUUGAAGGCCCAGUGGCCGGACAGAUCUUUUUUGUUGGCGCUGGGGUGUCUGGCGGCCGACACAACGCAUCAAAUGGCAUCGUGCUCUCAGAGAACUAUGUGUCAAGACGGCACUUUCAGAUUCUCCGAGAUCGAGUGGGUCAAUACUUGCUGCAUGAUGUGGGAAGCACCACUGGGACCUUUUUGAUGAUAAGGGAAGAACUGGCCUUGGAGGAUCAAAUGAUCAUCCAGCUUGGCACAACCGAGAUCACUGUCCAUAUCGAGGGUAGCAGAUGCACCUUGGUGGUUACAGAAGGCCCUGACAAGGACAUUUCGGCAGUGGUGCCACCAGUGGGAGUCUUCAUCGGAAGAGAGGGUGGCAACGGGCUCUGUAUUCGAGAUCCGCAGAUCUCUUCCUUUCACUGCGAAGUCCGACCAUCUCGAGACGGCUUCCUGCUGGAUGACAAGUAUUCUACGAAUCGAACCUGGCUGCGGUUGGCACCUGACGGUCAGCCUUCCAAGCGAUACCUGCUUCGCAUCGGCGACCUCUUCAAAGUCGGUUCGACGUUGUUCCAUGUAGUGGAACCCGCAGCAGCAGAGCCAGAAGUCCUGCGCUUGGACCACACACAUUUUCCCGGCUCGCCGGAAUCGGAGUUGGAGGAGCCGGACUUCAGUGAUCCUGAGUUGCCCGGGGAGAUGGUUCCAUCUACGGCCUCUCAGCUGCGCUGGGAACCUUUCUUGGAGACAGAUGCGAGGCCAAUCAUGCCUGCAGAUGAAUAUGCUCGUCGUUUGACCGAGUCGCGAAGCCGGAUGGUGGAAGGCUCCGCUAGACGGGUGGCUGGCACCGGCAAUGAGUUGCAGGGCAGCCAGGAUGCCAUGUUUGCUGAAAGGGAGCUCUCUUCCUUGCAGCAAAGAAUGCGGAAUUCAAGAGCACAAACUGCCUACACGAUGCAGCACAACCGUCAAAGUGAACGGCGAGAUGAAGAUCUAUGCAAGAUCUGCUACGACAAUGACAUCGACGUGGUUCUCUAUCCAUGUGGGCAUUUCAUGCUUUGCAGAUGGUGCGCCCAGAUGGUCUCGGACUGCCCAGUAUGUCGUUUGGUCAUCACAGAUGUGAUCCGCACGUACAAGGAACAAGUCCGGCAACUUCGAGGUUUCCAGGAGGCCUUUCCACAUAGCUCUGAUCAGAACUGGCAGCGGGAGGUGUGGCCUUCAAAGCUUCCGUUUGCAAUGGGUGUUCUAGGUGAGGAACAUUUGGUGGGCACCAUUCGGGCAUUCCUUCUGCCAAACGAGGAAGCAAUGGACUUGAGCCGCGUCAAGCUGCCAGAGAAGGUGAAGGUUGAUCUGGUUUUGGCUUUUCUUUCCGCGCUCCUGGAACGGCGACAUUCGUGUUUGUCAAGGCUUCCAGAAGGUGUACUGCCCGCAGAGGAGUCCGAUGCAGAUGUUAAGGAAGAUCAGGCCAUCCAAAGCCCUGAGCCAUGCAUGGACCCACUGCCUGGAUGGGCAGAAUUCAGCCAAGAAUCUGUGCAAUGGUUGCGUUGUGCUGGGAUCAGUGUUCUUGGGGUUUCAGCUGCUGCGCUGGGAAGGUGUUGGGAGGGCAAUCCCUUGGGAGCCGCCAACGAUUUCUUCUCGGUCUUCUUUGGACUGGGUUUGUUUCAAGACGAUCUUUGGCAACUCUUGGGUGGCUGUGGCGACGAAGAGGAACUGUGCACCAUCUCAGCCCGAGGCUCCAAUUGCUUGGUACCAUUUGGUCUUCUGUCCAUCAUCAAUGCCCUUUUCGAUACCAUGACGGUUUCGGUGGUCUGUGUCGACUGCUUCGUUUCGGUGCAACAAGCGCUCUCCACACUUUGCAGCGGUUGCUUCUUCGCCUUUGGCGCAGCCAUUUUUCAGGCAUGCGCUGCCUUUAUUGCGUGGCAGAUAUACCGCGGACGUCCACAAAAUGCAGGAUACAGCUUGGUACCUGGUGCAAUGGAGAUCCCAAUGGACGAACGUGCUUUGGGCCGAGGUCAUGUGCAAAAAUCCUUUGUCGGUCUGGUCACGGCCUCAGCUGUGGAGAAAUGCAGGGCACUGAAGGAUCUGAAAGCCACCGAGGUGAAACUUUUGAAGUUCGACCCGAAGAGAGAGCCAAAAGUAUGUGAAUUGGCACAGAGCUACCUGAAGGAGAGUGGCGGUGCUGGCAGGACAGCCUUGGACGAAACAGAUGUGAAGGGCGCCUUCAAGCGCGUCAACUCGGUGUGGCGGAACCAUAUUGAGGAGGGAGGCGAAUUUAGCCCUGCUUCUGGCCGUUAUCACCUCUACGUCGCGCUUGCUUGCCCAUGGGCUGAUGGAGCCCUUGCCGCCCUGUUCAUGAAAGGACUGGAGGAUUGCAUCGGUUACAGCAUCGUCCACCCGACCUGGCAGAGAAGUCGCCCCAAGGAUCCAGCAGAUCAGCACCAUGGCUGGAUAUUUUGCAAACCCGGUGACCCACCGUUGUCCAAUGGGCUGGGUUUUGGCACUUUCGAGUGCGAUGAUGCCCUGGUGCCAGACACCGUGAACGGCGCCAAGUUUAUUCGAGACAUCUAUGAGAAGGCUGGAGACACUGGGGGCAAGUAUUCAACACCUGUAUUGUGGGACAAGGAGAAGAAUACCAUUGUGAACAAUGAAUCGAUGGACAUUCUAAGAAUGUUCAACAGCAAGUUUAACAAGUGGGCCAAGAAUCCUGAUCUGGACUUAUUCCCUGCUGACUUGGAAGCUGAAGCCGAAGCUGCCAAUUCCUGGAUCUACCCAAAUAUCAACAACGGAGUUUACAGGUGUGGCUUUGCAAAGAGCCAGGAAGCCUACGACCAAGCCGUCAAGGACCUGGGAGAUGCCUUGGCCAAAGCGGAGGCGCUCCUGGAAAAGCAGCGCUACGUUUGCAAGCGAUUCAGCUAUAUGGACCUGAGACUCUUCAUGACCUUAGUGCGUUUCGAUGCCGUGUACGUGGUGUACUUCAAGACCAAUGUGGGCACCAUCGAGAUGAAUUAUCCAAAUUUGUUGGAGUACUGUAAGGACAUCUACCAGUUCCCAGGCAUGGCCAAGGUCCAGCAAGCCCUUGGCGAAGCUGCAGAUGUGGGGUGGUCCACCAGUUGCAGUCUGCCCAUCGGCCCGGAGGAUGUUGCUGUCCCACUCUUUUCCCGGUUACCGCUGUAUAGUCAAGACCGGAACCCAGGUGUACGGCACAACGUCAUGCAUCAGUUUUCAUGGCUGGAGUAG